CUCCGCACAGGAUAGGAGAAACAGCCUGAUCAGUGAGAGAAGGGAGAGCAUUGUAACCUAGCAGAUUUUGAACAUCGACCGCUCUGAUUUGGCCUAUACAGUCAUGUUGAAAUUACUUCCCAAAUUACUUUUGCUCGUGUUGCUAGCUCUGCCAUUAACGAUUCUUGUUAAAGGACCGUUGGUGGCAGCUCAGGACCCAACUGAGGAUGAGGAAGCAGCAGAUGAUUUAAUUGCAGAGGAUGAAGAUGAUGAGGCAGAAGUUGAAGAUGAUGAUAAUACAGAGCUGACAGAGGAGAAAGAAGAGGAGGAGGAAGAGGAAGCCUUGUCAGGGGACAUGAAGGCCUCCCCCAAUGCUGACACCACUAUUCUCUUUGUGAAAGGAGAAGACUUUCCUGCCAACAACAUUGUCAAGUUCCUCGUGGGUUUCACUAACAAGGGUAGUGAGGACUUCCUGGUAGAAUCCCUGGACGCCUCUUUCCGCUAUCCACAGGACUUCCAGUUCUACAUCCAGAACUUCACAGCCCUGCAGCUGGGUGCCGUGGUACCACCGCAGCGCCAGGCCACCUUUGAGUAUUCCUUCAUCCCCGCCGAGCCCAUGGGUGGGCGGCCCUUUGGCUUGGUCAUCAACCUCAACUACAAGGACAGCAGUGGUAACGUGUUCCAGGAUGCUGUGUUCAACCAGACUGUUACCAUCACUGAGAGGGAGGAUGGCCUGGAUGGAGAAACGAUCUUCAUGUAUGUCUUCCUCUCUGGUCUGGGUCUGCUGGUGGUGGUGGGUCUGCAUCAGCUGCUGGAGUCCAGGAAGAGACGGAGACCCACCCCUAAACUGGAGAUGGGGACGUCCAGCCACAACGAUGUAGACAUGAGCUGGAUCCCCCAGGAGACUCUCAACCAGAUCAUGCAGAGCAGACGAGAUAAAGCGUCUCCAAGACGGUCGCCCCGCAAGAGAGCCCAGAAAAGGUCUGCCGGCUCAGAUGAGUGAUGGCACCUCUCACCACUGCAACUCACACCCAGCUCUUUGAAACACCUGUCCAUCCCUCUGGAAAUCAGACAUCACUACCACAAUGGCAAAAAUGUCCCCUUAAUUUUGUUACUUCACUUUUUUUUCUUGGGUAAAAUUGACUAUAAAACAUGUUAUGAGAUCAAAGAGGAACUCAUAUCCAUUUCAUACUCAGUGCUUUGAUUUUUAUUCCCUCAUAUGCAGUAGAUGCUGAUUGGUCCAAGGGGAGGGAUUUAGAGCAAGCAGAAGUAUGAAAUGAUUGGUCCAGGGGGAGGGGUUCAGAGGAAACAGGUGUUUUGGAAGAUCCAGAGUUUCUGUUUUGUGUCUCUGUGCUGCAGUUUUUUUUAGACUUUUUUGUUGAGAGGUGGGGAUAUGGCCAGAGGUGACUGAGUUUUCUUUUUUGUUUGUAGUAAUUCUCAAAGCCCAGAAGUAAGUGUAAAUUUAAUUUUUUCAGCUUUUAUUUGCACUGGUUAUUUGCUAUAUAAAGAUUAGGAUGCUAACAGCUCUGGUGUUCCUUGCUCAGCAGCACAGUUGUUCAGCACCGUACCAGUUAACCUUUUUCCAAUUUGUCAAGCUGUCUUCUUUGAGGAAGGGUGUAUUUGUGAUUUGGUUGAAAAUCAAAAACAAAUAUGGAAUGACAAAGCAGUCUUUCAGUCCUGUUUAAAUGUGUUUGUAGUGUUUAUACUCCUUGGCUGGACCUCUCUGUAAUUUCUCUUAAUACAGCAGAGAAGGAUGAGAUUGACUUCAGGAUCAAGUUUGUUUUAGUUAUGUUACUGCAGACUGCAAAAGCCCUGUCAAAUGGACUGAAAAUGAUAGUGAAUCACUAGGAUGUAACUGGCACAUGGAAACUCAUACCUUUGUGUUCACUCGCUGGUUUGUGGAAAGAUGCAUACUGUAUCUGUGGGGAUUAGCGAGAUUGACUUUGGAAUUGGCUAGACCAUUUUUCAAUUGCUACCAGAGGUUUCUGAAUGAAGACAAAUGGAGUGUUGAGGAGGUAGUAUGGCUAUGCUCACAGCACUGCAAGUCUUAAAGCUGAAAUGACCCAUACCAAUUUGUGAAAUUCAUUUGUAUGAUAAUGCUGUGGUGGUUUUCCAAUGUUUUUUUUUUUUAAUGUUGUAGGAACAUUGUGCGGACUAGGAGUCUCGUAUUCAUUUCUGAGCGAAGAGUCUUGUGAUUUAAGCCAAUCAUUGCCCUUGUUCCAUUUUUAGCAAUAGCUGCUCACUGCAGUGUUAAACUCCAAAUAAUAUUAAUUUACCAUCAUGCACCUGAUGACCUCAUUUUGUUGGUUUUAAAUUGCUCUAUUAUGGUAUUGACUACUGAAUUCAGUUACAUGUUUUUGCCACUCCAAUUUCCCCCAUUAUAAUGAACUGUUUUGCAGUAAUUUGUGAAACUGGAUUUUGUUUUCCUGAAUAUUGUACAGUCUGAUUUAACUUUUGUAUGUCUGUGGGUGGGUAUGUAUUGGAUUGAUUUAGACGAUUGAAAUUAAAGAUUAAAUUAACUUUUCCACAUUUGUUAUUUGUUAUGUGUGAGAGAUGGUUACUUGGGCAUUUCCAAUGAUGU